AAGAACAACUCCCAGUUCGCUACGCGCUCACCGAACCUGACGUUCAGGACCCACAAGCUGGUGACACAUUAACCCACCAAAUAGCGUCACCCACCACUGUUCGUCGUCCGCAAACCAAUAAUUUGGGGAGAAAAUUCCCAAUUACGGCGGGCAAAGAGAGUGAUAGAGAGGAAAUAUUUUUUCUCUCUCUCUCCAAUUUUUCACCCCCAAUUCUGACUCGCCAGCGGCGCCACCAUCUCGCCGGAAUCCUAGUCGAGGUGUUGGUAGCGUCGGGCCGUGGUCGGGAGCCCGCUUGUCGCGGCGAGCUCGACCGCCGCGGAUCGCUGGAGCCCGUGGGCGGCGGCGGCGGAGGCUAGGGUUUGCUGCUCUACCCGGAGCAGCUAGCGGGCCAGAUCGUCCGGCCGGCGGGGCUGCAUAUAUUUUGUGCCUUUCGCCGGCGAGAUAUCGAUGCAGCCGCGGUCGAAGAAGUUCGGCCGCGUGGACACGGUCCAGCUCAAGGCGCAGAUCGUGAGGCGGCUGGGGCCCCAGCGCGCCGAGCUCUACUUCCGCAGCCUCACCAAGUUCCUGGGCUGCCAGCUCGGCAGGGACGAGUUCCAGAAGGCCUGCGCUGCUGCAUUGGGGAAGGAGAACGUCAGGCUGCACACAUCCCUCGUCCAGUCCAUUCUCCGCAACGCGUGCGUGUCGGACGGGCCGCCGCCGAGCGCGCAGGCCGCCACCGGAAACUCGCAGACGAGCACGGCGGUGUCCAAUGGGACGCUCACCAGUGGCUUACCGCCGCCGGUGACGAGAGCGAGGCCGCCCCUGACUAAGUGGUCCGGUGAUAAGCCGAGCCCGAUUGGGAAGUCUCCUCUCGGUCAUCGUCCGGGGACUGCGCGGGAGUUCGUGUCGGCUGGGACUGGGAGCAAAGCUUUGCAGGAGGUUGUCUCCGUGGAGGAUGGCGAGGAGGUCGACCAGGCCCGUGGUGGUAGUGGUAGUCCAGUCUGCGUGCAGAGCCGAAGCCCCAUCAGGCCCCCGCUGGGCGUUCUAAAGGCUCAGGAUCCUGAGCCUUCGACGUCGGACGUGUGCUACAACAACGGUGAGCUGCCAGAUUCUCAGUCACUGUCGAAGCUACUUGACGAAAGGUUGAAGGCUCAAGGUCUCAGCGUACCCAAAGAGUGUGCUGAUGUCUUGAACUCUGGGUUGAAUGCAUACAUGAGCCGAAUGCUGAAGGCAUGUCUAGGCGUUGCGAAAGCAAGGGGAAGAGUCAGCAAGACGACGCGCCAAGCGAAUGGCCGUGGCCGUGGCCGUGCUGUUGCUUCAGUAAAUAGUGGGCUGAUCAACGGCUCUCCUUUGGAACCAAGCUGCUGCUACCAGGCUUCGUUGCUCGAUCUCUCGACGGCAGUGCUAUCAAAUGCUCGGUUAGCGGGGCGCGUGGAGAUCCGCGAGAAGAUUUCUUCCCAUCUCCACAGCAGAUAAGGGAGCGGCUAGUUUCCACCACGUUUUUUUUUUUUGGCGAACAGUAUAGUGGACUGAUCGAGUUUAGGAUGAGAGGCAGAGUGUGGUUUGACUGUAGGGCUGGGUAGUGUGUACUCCCCCAUGGCUGGGUGAGGGUGAUUCUUCUUAGGAUGCGGUACAUGAUAGUGAGCUUCAUUUAGCUGUGAUUGUUUACAAAAAAUAAUCGUAGUAAAAGAUUCUGGGAUGUGUCUUAGCUUCUUUUCACACCUUAUAACACCGAUUUGUUAUCA